UGAGUGAAAUAUUCAUGGAUUAAUCUACAAAUCACACAUUGCAGCAUACAGGAUGUCAGGAAACAUGUCUCUUCUGUCAGUGAAUCCCACAAGCAUUUGGGAAAAUUCUUCUGUGCUGAAUGCCACCCCUCACUUUUCUUCUGACUGGGAGACACCCACAUUCACUGUGGCUGCCCACUUUCGUGUGGUGGCCACCCUGGUGCUCUUUGUCUUUGCAGCUAUCAGUAACCUCUCAGUGCUGAUCAGUGUGACCAGGGGACGAGGACGCCACCUGGCCUCCCACCUGCGGCCUCUCAUUGCCAGCCUGGCUUCCGCUGACCUGGUUAUGACUUUUGUGGUGAUGCCACUCGACGCUAUAUGGAAUAUCACAGUGCAGUGGUAUGCCGGCGAUGCCAUGUGCAAGAUCCUCUGCUUCCUCAAGCUUUUUGCCAUGCAUUCGGCAGCAUUUAUCCUGGUGGUGGUGAGUCUGGACAGGCACCAUGCAAUCCUGCACCCGCUGGAAGCUCUGGACGCUGGCCGUAGAAACAGGAGGAUGCUGCUAGUUGCCUGGAUCCUCAGCAUCCUGCUCGCCUCUCCACAGUUAUUUAUUUUCAGGGCAAUUAAGGCUGAAGGAGUUGACUUUGUACAGUGUGUAACUCAUGGAAGCUUCCAGCAGCGCUGGCAGGAAACAGCCUACAACAUGUUCCACUUUGUCACCCUGUAUGUGUUCCCUCUACUGGUAAUGAGCUUCUGCUAUACGCGAAUCCUCGUGGAAAUCAACCGCCAGAUGCCUCGUGGUAAAGGGAAGGGUGGGGAACCUUGUCUGAGACGCAGUGGAACCAACAUGAUUCCCAAAGCACGCAUGAAGACCCUGAAGAUGACGAUCAUCAUUGUGGCAUCAUUUGUGGUGUGCUGGACACCGUACUACCUGCUCGGCAUCUGGUACUGGUUCCAGCCUCGUAUGCUGCAGUUGAUGCCAGAAUACAUCCAUCACGCUCUCUUCGUCUUCGGCAACCUCAACACAUGCUGCGAUCCGGUCAUCUAUGGUUUCUUCACACCCUCGUUCCGAGCGGACAUAGCCAGCUGCUUCUCCAGAAGGAAUCAAAACUCUUCUCCUAAAUCACUGGACCGACUCUCCGCAAGGAGAGGGGGCGCAAGCAGAGAAGCCGAGUCGGACCUUGGAAGCGGUGACCAGCCCAGUGGACAACAAGCAUAGAGGGUCAAGACACCUCAAUGAGCUAGAAAUACUAUUUGGGGUGUGGAUUUAGCCCUGUAAACAUGAAAUACAGGACUUUCACUCUGUGUCCAGACAUCUACAUGUAUAUGUUGCAGGUGGUGUCUUGGUAUUUAUAGUAUGAACAAGUAUCCAUUUGCUUGAAUUCGGUUUGAAUCCACUUGAACAUGGAACAGCAACAGUAUCACAUUGUGGUUUCAAGCUUGGAUAUCUUCUGGAAAGACGGAACUACAGGUAAAUAUGAAUGUAAAGGACCAAAUGACAGCACAAUGCUUCAGGCAAUACCUUGAACAUGAGAUGUUUGCCUGUCUGGAACAGGGUUAUAAAUAUACAGUGCCUCAUAUAACAGGUUACGUGUUUGGAAUCAGUUAAUGAGGACCUCUAAUUAAUUAUCUCAGAGUUCAGAUGGACAACCCCAGCUAAAAGCUUCUCUGACACGUUGCUUAUCUAACAUUUCCUCUCUGCAUCCUGAUUAG